AUGCUGCUGGAGGAGGGGGAAGGCCCCGUAAAGAGAAGCUCACGUUCUGCUCCACUGCAGGAUGAGUGGAAGCCCUGGGAGCAAGUCCCCAAAAAGCCAAAGAGGAAAAAAAGGCGGCGACGCAAUGUGAACUGCCUGAAGAAUGUAGUGAUCUGGUACGAGGACCACAAGCACCGCUGCCCAUACGAGCCGCACCUCGCUGAACUGGACCCCACCUUUGGCUUGUACACCACAGCCGUGUGGCAGUGCGAAGCCGGCCACCGUUACUUCCAAGACCUGCACUCACCCCUGAAGCCACUCAGCGACUCAGACCCCGACAGCGACAAAGUGGGCAAUGGCAUGGUGGCUGGCAGUUCUGACUCAUCCAGCUCUGGCUCCGGCUCCGACUCUGAGGAGCCCCCCGAGGGCCAGUCGGUCAAGGCUGCGGCGGCGGCAGUCACCCCCACCAGCCCGGUGGGCAGCAGCGGCCUCAUCACUCAGGAGGGUGUGCACAUCCCCUUCGACGUCCACCACGUGGAGAGCCUAGCUGAGCAGGGUACCCCCUUGUGCCCCAACCCUGCGGGCAGCAGGCCUGAAGCCCUGGAGACAGUGGUGUGCGUGCCAGUGCCCAUGCAGGUGGGCACGGGCCCUGGCGCCCUCUUUGAGAAUGUGCCACAGGAGGCAUUGGGCGAGGUAGUGGCCAGCUGCCCCAUGCCAGGCAUGGUGCCCGGCUCGCAGGUGAUCAUCAUCGCAGGCCCUGGCUACGACACCCUCACAGCUGAGGGCAUCCACCUCAACGUGGCGACGGGCAGCAGCGCCCCCAGCGGUGGCGGUGGCCUGGGCGAGGAGGUGCCCUGCACCAUGCUGGAGGGCGUGGCAGCCUACACCCAGACGGAGCCUGAAGGCAGCCAGCCCUGCGCCAUGGACGCUGCCACCAUAGCAGGCAUUGAGACCAAGAAAGAGAAGGAGGACCUGUACAUGCUCAAGAAGGAGGAGAAGGAGGAGCCUGUGGCUCCAGAGCCGGCGGAGCUGGCAGCGACAGGGCCUGAGAGUGCAGAGCCUGAGGCGGAGGCGGAUGGCGAGGAGCUGGACGGCGGCGACAUGUCAGCCAUCAUCUAUGAGAUCCCUAAGGAGCCUGAGAAGAGGCGGCGGAGCAAGCGGUCGCGGGUGAUGGACGCCGAUGGCCUGCUGGAGAUGUUCCACUGCCCCUACGAGGGCUGCAGCCAGGUCUACGUGGCCCUCAGCAGCUUCCAGAACCACGUCAACCUUGUGCAUCGGAAAGGGAAGACCAAAGUGUGCCCUCACCCUGGCUGUGGCAAGAAGUUCUAUUUAUCCAACCACCUGCGGCGACACAUGAUCAUCCAUUCAGGUGUCCGUGAAUUCACCUGUGAGACCUGUGGCAAGUCCUUCAAGAGGAAGAACCACCUGGAGGUACACCGGCGCACGCACACCGGCGAGACGCCCCUGCAGUGA